AGCCCUAGAAGGAUUUUUCUUGCGAGAUUUUUUUGCUGCUCGCGAUGAGGAAUCGCUCCAGCAUUUUCGUUCGCUCCAUGGUCGCCUACUGGUGCUGGAUCGUUGGCGCUGCCUCCGGCAUUGCGGUGCGAGUCAUCGGCGCCAAGCGGCUCCAGUGGAUUUCUAAGCGAGUGCCCAUGGAGUAUCUGUUCUGGCGGAAUCUAGGGAUUGUAGCUGCCGUGGCGAUCUUCGCAUGGAAGGCCAGGGGCCGGCUGGGCUGCUCGCAGCUGUUUGAUCGAACGCACACCAAGUGGGAUAUCAGGAAGGCCGUGCCGCUGGAAAGAAGAAUGGUGUAUGACAAUGGAUUGGGACAAACGCCAUUGAUGGGGUGGAGCGGAUGGAACUUCUACGAAUGCACUAUUAACGAGAAGAUCGUCUACGGGAACAUGGAUGCUUUGGUUCGGCUCGAUCUUCCAUCUUAUGGAUACAACUACGUGAUUGUUGAUGAUUGUUGGUCCGCUUAUAAGCGUGACAAGGAGGGAAAUUUGCGAUCCGAUAAGAAAACAUUUCCCUCUGGCAUGAAAGCGCUCGCGGAUUAUGCUCACAAGAGAGGGAUGAAGUUCGGACUAUAUUCUGAUGCCGGGAGAAUGACUUGCAAAUGCCACCGAGCGGCUUCAGAGGGCCACGAGUUUCGAGAUGCACGAACCUUUGCUUCGUGGGGAAUCGACUAUCUCAAGUACGACAAUUGCUUUCACAAGAAAAAUCGGCCUUCUCAUGCUCGGUACCCUGUGAUGAGCGAAGCUCUCAACAAAAGCGGGCGUCCUAUCUUCUAUGCAAUGUGUGAAUGGGGAGAAGAUCAUCCAGCCGUGUGGGCUGGGAAGUAUGCGAAUAGCUGGCGGACAUCACUUGACGUGAAAGAUAGAUGGCCACGCAUAGAGUUGCUAGCGGAUGACAACAAUUUGUGGGCAUCUUAUGCUGGUCCUGGAGGUUGGAAUGACCCUGACAUGCUCCAAGUGGGGAAUGGUCGAAUGACCUUGGCUGAGUAUCGUUCACAUUUCAGCAUUUGGUCUAUCAUGAAGGCACCUCUCAUCAUCGGCUGUGAGUUGAGAACAAUCACGAAAGAACACCUUGAAAUUUACAAGAACACCGAGAUAAUAGCAGUAAAUCAAGAUUCACUAGGAAUACAGGGACGCAAAGUGAGCCAAAUAGGACAGUCUGAGGUAAUUACUUCUUGUUUGACAUUGACAAAGCAUUGUGUGACCACGCAGGUGUGGGCUGGUCCUCUAUCGGGCGAUAAAAUUGUAGUGGCAGCAUGGAACAGAGGGUGGAAGCGAGCAUUAAUCACAAUCAACUGGUACGAUUUUGGAUUGGAACCGAGUGUGACAGCAAGUGUGAGAGAUUUGUGGAAGCACGAAGAUUGGACUCAAAGGCAAGAGGACGGCUUUGAAGUGGAAAUAGAUUCCCACGACUGUGGGGUGUAUAUCUUGUCCAACAUUUCCAUGGUAGAACUGUACUUUAAUAGUGGAGGAUGACCACGGAUGAUUUAAUUAAAAACUAAAUUAUUAAACAAACUGUUUAAUAAAUGGUUUUUCUAACCCA